AUGGCUCCUUCUCAUCCUCUUUCUAUCCUUUCCAUCGACGAGACCAAUCUCGCCAGAGAGAUUGUGCUUGCUCACCACGACAAGGAGGUCAUUGACUUCAGAGAGAUCUUCCUCCAGGAACCUACCAAAGCGGAGUUGGUCAAGUAUUUACAGCUUGAGCACUCUGGCCGCUUGUCUCCUACUUCUGCUCGCCCUGCUCGUUUGGCUAAGUGCCAGUAUGAUGUUAUUGGCCAGGAUAGGAUUCCUUCGUACCAUGAGAGUGUGGUGGAUAUUGGAUCCAAGCAGAGGGUCAAGCAUGAAGUUAUCGGCAAGGAGCAUCAGGCUGCUCUGACUCUAAAAGAGUUCGAGGUUCUUGUCAAUGUCUGCAAAGCCGAUCCUAAAUUCAAGCAAGCUAUUGCCGACCUGAACAUUCCCGACUACUACGAGAUUGUCGUCGAACCCUGGCCCUACGGUGGUCUUGACGAAGAGGACGAAAGCCGUCGCUACUUCCAAGGCCUCAUUUUCGCUCAGGAUACACGCAACAAAAAUGCCGACUCCAACUUCUACGCCUUCCCUCUCCCUCUCAUCCCUGUGCUGGAUAUUCACAAGAAGGAAAUCUGCCGUAUCGAUAAAUUGGCUACUGGAGGCAAGAACGACAGUUUCACGGCCAAGACUCAUGCGGAAAAAAUCCUGGAUCAUUGCACCACGGCUGAAUAUGUUCCUGAAUUGUUGCCUCAAGGAGUCAGAAAGGAUCUUAAGACGUUGAAUGUGUUGCAACCUGAUGGUCCUUCGUUCAAAGUCACCGAUGAAUCCUUGGUCGAAUGGCAGAAGUGGCGUUUCCGUGUCUCAUUCAACCCUCGCGAGGGAGCUGUUAUUCACGAUGUGCAUUACGAUGGCAGAAGCGUUGCUUACAGAUUGUCAGUCUCCGAGAUGACUGUUCCUUAUGCCGAUGCUCGUCCGCCGUUCCAACGCAAACAAGCCUUUGACUUUGGUGAUGGCGGAGCCGGGAAUUGUGCAAACAAUCUGUCUCUAGGAUGCGAUUGCUUGGGUGUCAUCAAGUACUUUGAUGCCGUGAUUGUCGACGACGACGGAAAGGGAAAAGUACACCCCAAUGUCAUUUGUUUACACGAACAGGACGAGGGUAUCGGUUGGAAACACACUAACUGGCGCACCGGCCGUGCAGUGGUGACUCGCAGUCGAGUGCUGGUCGUCCAAUUCAUCAUCACCCUCGCCAACUACGAAUACGUCUUUGCCUACAAAUUCGACCAGUCAGGCGGCAUCGAUAUCGAAACACGCGCUACUGGCAUCGUCAGCUGUGUCAACAUCGACGCUGGCAAGACCUCCAACUACGGAAACGUAGUCAACCCAGGUGUUUUGGCACAGAACCAUCAACACAUCUUUGCUUUCCGCAUUGAUCCCGCCAUCGAUGGUCAUAACAACACAGUCAUCACUGAAGAGUCUCAUGCAGUUCCCAUGAACCCUAAAACCAACCCUCGGGGCAACUACUACGAAGUGCGCAAAACACCCUUCGAGAAGGCCGCCUGGGCAGAUGCCGAACCCAGACUCAACCGCGUCUUCAAAAUCGUAAACGAGAGUGUCAAGAACCCAGUGUCUGGCAACAGCGUAGGCUAUAAACUGGUACCCCCAGCCACACAGCUUCUCCUCGCCGACCCCAACUCCGUACAAGCCCAGCGCGCGCAAUUCGCCCAACAUCAUCUGUGGGUGACCAAAUACCGCGAUGACGAGCUCUACGCUGGAGGACGCUUCACCAUGCAGUCACGCAAAGAAGUCGAUGGUGUCGCUGAUGCAGUGGCCAGAGGCGACAAAGUCAAAGAUACCGAUUUGGUGGUGUGGAGUGUCUUUGGCUUGACGCACAACCCUAGAGUGGAAGAUUGGCCGGUCAUGCCGUGUGAGAUUCAUCAGGUGCAUUUGAGGCCUGCUGAUUUCUUCACGGCAAACCCUAGCAUUGAUGUGCCGCCUAGUAGCAACAAAGCCUCGGUUGAAGUGCAGAAGAGCUGUUGUCAACCUUCGCAGGGAAAGCUUUAG